GGUGGGACACCAGUCAUGGACAUGGAGACGGUCAACUCCAUGGAUUUUGGAGAAUUCGUGGAGGUGUUUGGCAAUGUCAUUGAGCGGUGCCCUCUGGUGGCCGCCGCCGUCUGGUCCCAGCGCCCGUUCUCUGACCCAGCAGAUCUAGAGCGGCAUUUCUUCUCCUUCAUCGACACCCUACCACAGUCAGGCCAGGAGGGUGUUCUGCGCUGCCACCCGGAUCUGGCGGGCCGCGAGCUGCAACGGGGGGCGCUCACUGCCGAGUCGCAGCGGGAGCAGAGCGGAGCGGGGCUGACAAGCUUGGGCGCGGCCGAGCGGCUUCGGCUGACCGAGCUCAACGCGCAGUACCGGGCGCGCUUCGGUUUCCCCUUCGUGCUAGCCGCGCGCCUGAGCGACCGGGCGGCCGUGCCACGCGAGCUGGCGCGCCGCCUGCUGUGCCCGCCCGAGCUGGAGCUGCGCACCGCCCUGGAAGAGGUGAAGAAGAUCGGCCACCUGCGCCUCGCCGACCUCCUGGGUGCCGACCCUGCCAAGCUGUAGCUGUAGCGCUCGCACGCUCGCAGCCCCGGGGAUCCUGGACGCACGCGAUCGGUUGAACGCUAAGCCAGAGGCCGGAAUGGGCGACCACCCACGCGCCCGGACCAAGUGAAGGAUUGAGGCGGUCCCACGAGUAAUGAACCCCCUUUGUCCAUCCUCUCCCGUCCCCUGCACGUGCACGCUUGCCUAACUAGCCAGUGUCGUGUGCUCUGUCCCGAUUCCUCCAGCUCACUGCUUCAAUCCUUCCCUCCUGGUGCGGUG